CAACGGUCACUCGAUCUUGUUUUUCAAUUUCGCCCAGCGAACUGUCACAGCGUCUGUAAAUUUUAGCCAAACGAUCCCAAACGUCAAAAAUUGAUGAACGUUUACUAUUUUUUACACAUCACCGUUGCGGAUUUGUGCAAAUGUGAUUUUUUCGGUUUAUAUAAAUUGUUUUUACACGGUGUCAAGUGUUUUUAAGCGACCAACAAUGGGCAAACCCGAGUUGAAGUCCCCUCGUCACAAGAACCCUCUGGUGAAGUCUCGCCCUUUGGUCAAAUCCAGGGCCGCCUGUGUGAGGUCCUCCGCCAACGUGAAGGUCGUGGUGCGGGUGCGCCCCCCGAACCCGAAGGAGCAAGGCGACAACAGCAGGGACGUCGUGAAAGUCGUCGACGAACAGGUCCUCAUUUUCGACCCUAAAUUCAACCCGCAGUCGUUUUUUUACCAUGGAGUUGAACAAAAAGGUCGGGAUUUUUUGCGCAAAGCGAACAAAGACUUGCAGUUUAUGUUUGAUAAAGUGUUUGGGUUUGAGUCAACGAACGAGCAGAUCUUUGAGGAUACCACGAAAAGCUUGAUUAAGUGUUUGAUGGAUGGAUAUAAUUGUUCGGUUUUUGCCUAUGGGGCCACUGGGGCGGGUAAAACACACACGAUGAUCGGGCAGACGGAGAACCCGGGAAUCACGUAUUUGACGAUGGCUGAACUUUUUAAAACCAAAGAAACUUUACAAGACGAGCGCAAUUUCGAGUUGGGGAUCUCAUAUAUAGAAGUGUACAAUGAGCUUGUGCAGGAUCUUCUGAACCCAGGAGCACCACUGCAGUUGAGGGAUGACGGCAGAUAUGGAGUCAUGGUGUCGGGGAUUAAAAUCCAUAAAAUCGAAAAUCCAAAUGAUUUAUUCACUCUGUUGGCAAAGGGUAACAGCAACCGGACCCAGCACCCCACGGACGCCAACGCCGAGAGCUCCCGCUCCCACGCCGUCUUCCAAGUCUACAUCCAGAUGGAAAUGAAAGCCACCCGAGAAGUCCGCGCCGCCAAACUCAGCAUGAUCGAUCUAGCAGGCAGCGAAAGGGGCUCCGUCACCGGCUACGGGGGCGCCCGAUUCGCCGAAGGGGCCAACAUCAACAAGUCCCUCCUCGCCCUCGGCAACUGCAUCAACAGCCUAGCCGACGGCCAGAAGUACAUUCCUUACCGCGACUCCAAGCUCACCAGGUUGCUCAAGGACAGCUUGGGCGGCAACUGCCAGACGGUGAUGGUGGCCAACGUGUCGCCGUCGUCUCUCAGCUACGACGACACGUACAACACCCUGAAAUACGCGACGAGGGCUAAGAAGAUUAAGUCCGAUGUUAAGAAGAACGUGGUCAACGUGGAACUGCACGUGGGCGAGUACGUGAAGAUCGUGGAGGAGCUGAAAAAAGAGCUGGAGAAGGUGAGGAAUCAGCUGAAGGAGAAGGUCAGCGAGAAGAAGGUGGACCCGAAGCUGUCGGCGCAGCUGACGAAGAUGAUCGAAGAUAGGAGGAAGCUCCUGGAUAAGAUGCACAACGUGGAGGGUUCGGAGAAGAUCGUGAUUUUGCGGAGGCAGCUGAAGGAAGACGCAGAUUCUCGCUUGAGCGGUCUUCUGGCCGACCAAGGGGAAAAGGAGGAAGCGCAUCGUCGGAUUGGCAACAGUGUGGGCCGGUUUAAUCGUCAAGAAGAAAGCUUCAAAAGCGAACUCGCCCAAAUGAAACUCGAGAAAAUCAAUUUAGAGCAAAAAAUGUCAGAGUUCAUACAGAAACACCCAGAGGUGGAGACGGCCGCUGAACUACAGAACGAAAUGUUGGCCAGGAUAGAAGCCCAAAACCAAACCGACAUCAUGCAGAAGAAGUGUUCCCUCCUCGAAGAGGAGCUCAAGUCCCGCGCCAACCUGCUGGAGAAGACGUGCAAGAUGCUGCAGUCGUGCUACCUGCAGCUGCGAGGACACGGCUUCGCCAGCGACUUGUUGCACCAGGAGUACCAGACCCUCGUCAAUCACCUCCAAGGCAAGAGGAACAUCACCUGGGACAGCCCCGUGGACUCCGGCCUGAGCUCGACGACGAGCACGUCGUCGACGGACGUGGAGCUGCGCCCCCCCAAGCGCAAGAUCAACGACGAGAACGUGAACGGGCUGAACUCCACGUUCGUCAUGGAGCCCCCGAAGCCCAAAGUGAAAGUGUGCGCGGAAGAACUUAUGGCCAAAGUGUACAAGACGCCUAACGCGAUUAAAAAGAGAAGGGAGAUUUUCAAUGCGAUGAAGGAAAAGAGGGCCGUGUCGGCGACGAGGCAGAGAGGGGCAGGUGGCGACAACAGGCCUGUGGGCAGGCCCGAGCCGCUGAAGAAACGCCCCGCCUUCAGGACGUAACUCGCCCUCCGUUGUAAUUUACAGAAUAUUAUAAUUACCCUUAAAUAUUUUAUUACUUAGAUUUAAAACAGUUUGUACAGAAAUUACCUUAUACUCUACAAAAAUUGAAAGCUUAACCUACCCGACGGUUAAGCUGCGUGAAAUAGUUUAUAGCUCUUGCGACAGUAUUCUCCGCGGCGGACUCGUCGAAAUGUUCUCGGGCGAGCACCACCGGCGUCAGCCGCACCCGCGCCAGCACCACCAGCAGCCCCACGAUUAUCACUGAGAACACCACGGCACUACCCAGGAACACCAGGGGCAUGAGGAAGAAGUGCGGCAUGGCCGGAGGACCCGCGUGCGUCUCGAUGAUUUCGCAGUGGUGGUGUGGAUGCGCCAUUCUUGUAUUAUUUGUAUUUUAAAUUUAUAUUAUGUUUUAUAGAGAUAACACUUUAUUUAUGCAUUGACUGAGUGUGUUGUUUAUGAGAAAAAUAAAGAUUGCUUGCUUUC